UCAACGCGAAUGAAGAAACGUGGAACAGUUUGUUUAAGUGUGUACAAGGAAGCAACGUGCUUAUUCAGGGUUACUUACUUACCUUUUUGGACCAAACAGUUUUGAGGAAGAGGGCUCAACGACAAAAUUUUCUGAAAUUAAGGAUUUGUCAUAUUUGGGAGAAAAUCUUUCGUGGAGAAAAUGAGGAGAGAAGUAAAAGCUGGAGUGAACUUUCUCAAAGGCUUGGCAGUGGAACGGGGAGGUGUGGAACAAAUCAAAGCCAAACUGUUUGCUGCUAAACUACAAAAGCUUCUGCUUGAAAAGUUCAAAGGCCAUUGGUAUCCAGACAACCCCAGCAGAGGACAAGCAUUCAGAUGUAUCAGAAUAAAUGAAGGCGUUCCCUGCGAUGAGACAGUUUUAGAAGCAUGCACAGAGAGCGGCUUAGAACCGUGUGGUUUGGGCUUUCCUCGUCAGAUCACGAUAUGGAUCGAUCCACUGGAAGUGUGUGCACGCUCUGGUGAGAACUGUAGAUAUUUUACAGUGGCUCAGUUUUCAAAAGAAGAGGAGGAUGAUGAGGAAACAGAGAUUCAGUUGAGUCAGGAUGACACUUUUAGCCUGGUGGAUUCUGUGAAUCUGGAUACCUCUGAUUAUCAUUCAGCGAGCUCUUCUGACUGCGGGUCGGCCGUCUCCAGUGACACUGAAGGGGAGAUGAAGGAGGAAGAGACAAAGGAAGUGGUAGAGAAUAUGAUCAAGAACGCAGCUCCUUCAACUAGAUUCAUGGCGAGGGAGCCAAAAGGCCCACGCACGUUUUCUCAAGCACAGAUCCCUGCCCCACAAUACUUUUAUCUCCAUGCACCAAUGUGGCCCCAGAACAAGAAAAAGAGAGGCAUGUUCUUCAGAACCGUAUGCACCCCAGCACCGUCUCCUUUGUUUGCUUACUAUGUCUUUCCCAAACACACUCCUCAGUUCAUUGUGCCUCACGCUACCCUGCAAAGAUGGGGAGGGAUAAAAGGAUAAAACAACUCAAAACCAGUUAGAGGACUAUUUUUUGCAUAUAGCUUAUUAAUUGCUUCUAGCUUUUUAAAAUCCAUUUUAUAAACCAAUGACACUGUCAAGCGGGCCAGCUUUUUAUAAUGUUUCACUGAAAUGAACUUUAAUGAAAUGUAACCAAUUACCUUUUUCACUUGCACUCAUUAUUAAUGUUUGCUUUGGGCUGUUGCUUAAAGAAACACAAAAUCACUUAACCAAAGAAGACCUUAAAACGGUUUUGUGCAAAUCGCUAGCUUUAUGAUGACUUAAUCAAAUAGUGUACAGGGAUAUUCCCUAACUACUGUGCCAAGCUUGAAAUGCUGCAUACUUGGAAUUGUGUUCAAUGAGAAGUAACACAUUUUUCACUAGUUUCAUGUAGAGAAUGUUAUAGAAUUUUCUUUUUAUUUAUAGUUUGAGUGGUAUUUUAUGAAAACAAAGUAUUGAAAUGGUUAUCGUAAAUAUAAAAUUCCUUGGUGUUAAAACAUUCACAAAUAUUAAAUAGCCUUACCAGCAGUUCAUCUCAGGUUUAAGAAACUAUCAAUUCCUCAAUAUCUCUGAAAAUCCCAAGUAACCGAUCCCUUUCAUACAGAAAUGAAUUUAAUAUUCUGAAGCCAUAAAGUGCUGUGUACAAAUGAAUACUCAGAAAUAAUGUGAAAUCACAUUUUAGAAAGGAUUGCAUUAAUAUUAAGUGUUAUUUAAGAAUACUUGAUUGACCACACAAUGGUGCUAAAGUGCUUUGUAGCUCUGUUCUAUUGUAAUUGUGUUGUAACUUAUUUUAAAAUCCACUAGGUGGUAGUAUAAAUCACCUAAAGUAAUACUUCAUUUUAAAAAUGCUGUUUUUAAAUGGACUUUCUUUUGGCCGUUCGUUUCGUUUGUUUUAUAUUCAACUACAUGUAAAGUGUACACUGUUCUUAACCCACAUAAUUAUUUAAAACAAUAAUAUGUUUAUUUAUUUAGUCUUUACACAAUCAUGGCUAAUCCUUUUUUUUACUUUUCAGCUAUGGAAUGUCAUUUUUUUUCUUAUUUUCCUUAAACCUUAAAUGCAUAUUUAUAAUUGCUUUUUUAUUUUAUUUAAUGUUUGAAUUGUUUGUGAUUAUGUAAUCACUGUUGAUAUUGCCUUUUCUGUAGCAAAAUACUUACUUAAAAUCUGUCCAUGAUUAUAUUUGUGACAAAUAUACUUUAUUACUAAA